GCCUCGCACAGUCUGGCAGCAGCACACUGAGCGCUCGCUGCAGCAUCUCAUCGGCGCAAAGGGUACAGCAACAGCCUCUCCAUCCGUCAAGUCGGUACACAGUCUAGAAAAAUGGCGCCCACCCAGAAGACCCGCAAGACGCGUUCCGCGCUCCAGGACGUCGUUACCCGCGAGUACACGAUCAACCUCCACAAGCGCACCCACGACCUCUCCUUCAAGAAGAAGUCGCCCAAGGCCAUCAAGGAGGUCACCCUCUUCGCCCAGAAGGCCAUGGGUGUCAAGGACGUCCGCAUCUCGCCCGCCCUCAACCAGCACAUCUGGGCCCGUGGUGUCCGCACUCCCCCCCGCCGCGUCCGUGUCCGCCUCGAGCGCAAGCGUAACGACGACGAGGGUGCCAAGGAGAAGCUUUACGUUGUCGCUUCGGUUGUCGAGGGUGUCACUUCGUUCAAGGGCCUCGAGACCGCCGUUGUUGAGGCCGACGAGUAGACGACUGGGAUUUGAGCAUGGGUGGCAAUGGGUGUAGGCUGUAGCCCGGCGUCAUGACAUUCUUCAGCCGUGUACUUGAACGGUUCAUGUGGAGUUGCAUGGAGAGGUCGAAGGGGUGCUGUUGGCGAUGGCGGGAGUGAAGAGAAGGGCUGGAGCUCGUGAACUGACAGCUACGAGCCAGGGAU